AUGAAAGGUGACAUGGAUUCGUGGCUGGGUGCGCAUGGAUUCAUGGCUCGUCACGCCUACGUGGCCCAGCGGCAAUCGACCAAUCGCGGCAAGCCACACGUGCAUAACCCGGCUGGUUGCGCUUGGAUAAGACCCGAUAUUCGCAAGCUUUCGUUGUUACGUAAAAAAUUAGGAAUGAGGGUCGUUUUUGCCUUGACGGCAUUGUUCCUGGCUGUUUCUGCUGAUGGGGAUGUGCUGGCUUACACCGACAGCAACUUCGAGGAGCUAAUCAAGUCACACGAAGUAGCGCUGGUGAAAUUCUACGCUCCUUGGUGUGGCCACUGCAAAAAAAUAGCUCCAGAGUUUGAGAAGGCGGCCACUAAGCUGAAAAAGAAUGAUCCUCCCAUCACGCUUAUCGAGGUCGAUUGUACUGUUGAGAAAUCCACUUGCGACAAGUUUGGCGUGCAGGGAUUUCCAACAUUGAAGAUAUUCCGAAAUGGUGUGGAAGCUCAGGCUUAUGAAGGGCCGAGAGAUGCCGAAGGAAUCGUAAAGUACAUGCGAGGACAAGCAGGACCAUCCGCUAAAGAACUCACAUCUUUGGAUGAGUUCAAGAAGUUCAUAUCUGGAGAUGAGAGUGCUUGCAUUGGCUUCUUCGAAGGCGACAGCAAGUUGAAGGACUCCUUCUUGAAAGUUGCAGACACUGAACGUGACCGUUUCCAGUUUGCGUAUAGCUCCAAUCCAGCUGUCCUCAAGGAGACUGGCUACUCCGAUCGUCACUGCUACAUUGUUGGAUUCCGUCUUAUACUCGCAUCUUAUCUUCUAUAUGCGGCUUCUUAUAAGAUUUUACCAGUCGAUGUAUCCAGCGGACUACAAAGUGUAAUAUUCAUUCUUGGAUCUCACUCUCGAAGUUCAUUGCACAUCGCAUCAUUCGGUGUUGGUGCUCUCGGUGCGAGCCAUGUGGGUGAUAUCGUCGUAUUCACUCCGAAGAAACUCCACAACAAAUUUGAUCCCAAUGAGUUCAAAUAUGAUGGCAACUACGACACUGACAAGAUCAAGAACUUCCUCAUCCAUGAGACGGUUGGGAUGGCAGGCAUCCGAACUCAAGGCAACCUGUUCCAGUUCGAACAAAGACCACUUGUGGUUGUAUACUAUAACUUGGACUACUUGAAGGAUCCCAAAGGCUUGUUGCAUUUUUGCUCACCAAGCAAACUGGCUCAAGACUAUAAGCGAAAGGUGCACUUUGCGGUCUCAAACAAGGAGGAGUUUUCUUCGGAGGUUGAUCAGAAUGGAUUGGCUGAUCGUAAAGAUUCUGAUAAGCCAAUUGUUGCUGCUCUCACCGAUGAAGGUAAAUUCCCAAUGGAAAGUGAAUUCAGCGUGGAUAACCUCAAAGAGUUUGUUGAGGAGCUUCUUGCUGGUAAGCUCGAACCUUACAUGAAGUCUGAGCCCAUUCCAGAGGAUGAUAGUGCUCCACUCAAGGUUGCUGUGGCAAAGAACUUCAAGCAGCUGGUCAUGGAGGCAGAUAAGGAUGUUCUUGUCGAAUUCUAUGCUCCAUGGUGUGGACAUUGCAAGGCUCUUGCUCCCAAAUAUGAAGAACUCGCAACUAAGCUGCAAGACGAAGACGUUCUGAUUGUGAAAAUGGAUGCUACGGCUAACGACGUACCUCCACUUUUCGAAGUUCGAGGGUUUCCAACCCUGUAUUGGUUGCCCAAGAACCAGAAGAACGACCCUAUCCCUUACAAUGGUGGACGUGAAGUGAAAGACUUCAUCAACUUCAUUGCUAAGCACUCUACUGAUGGACUCAAAGGAUACUCUCGUGACGGCAAGAAAAAGAAGAAGGAGGAGUUCGUGCGGUUGCGACGCGGUUCUUUCCGACAGACUGAUGUCUGUGAAAUUCCACGAGCUGUUGCUCGUAUGUCGGUAGUCUUCGAGCUUCUGGGAGUGUUCUUGAGACUCCAUUCUAUGAUGGUACUGGACGUUCAUCGACGGACAAUUGAACUUCUAAAAAUGUGGCAGGACGAAUCAGACGAUUCGUCCUCGCAUGCAGGAGCUAGUGAAGAAGAGGCGAAGCCCACGACGGCGGCGGCAACUCCGGUGGAUUCGCAGCAGGAAGAGACAAGGGACUGUUCGAGUGCGGCUGAGCACGACAGCGAUUAUGAAAACUUGGAAGAAGAUCCCAAACUUCUCGAAUCCUUCUUUUAUCGAUCGACACGUAAAGAGAAAUCAGCGAAAAUGGGUGCUUUUGCCCGUGCUCCUGUUUUGAAUUUAUGCCGCGCCUAG